GUUUGGUUUGAAGAACGCCCGUCUGGAGACUUUGGGGGUGACCAUUGUUACUUGAUUCUUUGCUUCAUCUUUUCUUCUUUCAAUUUCAUUUUUUUGAAGCCUUUUUUUUUGCCAUUUAGUUCACGAUAUAUUCCUUACGCGCUCCAGGAUUCAUUUUAACACCACGACCCAUCCACGACUUUCACUGCAGCCCAAUGGAUCAGCACCAACACCAGCACCAGCAGCACAUAACCGAUGAUCACAACCAAAAUCUCGGACAUGCAAGUCCUUAUGGAUUCUACCCAGCCGAGCAAGAAUCAUCGUACAGCCUUGCGUAUAACCACCACGCGAUGCAGCACCAGCAGUCUUUUCCUGUCGUGCAGCAUCCUAACCCACAUCAUCCUCGCCAUCUAUCCGCGCCAGACCUGCAUCAAGGCCUGCAGUUCCAUAAUCUUAGCCUCAUGCCCACGCAUCAAACGCAUCAAUAUCCGCCACCCGUGUAUACCUCAUCGCCACAACAUGUGUCAAUGAAUCUGCCUGCUGGCUCACCCCCUCCGCCCUCCCCUCACAUGUACGAUCCUUUGUCCCCACCCAUUUCAGGAUCUGACACAUCAGCGGACGGCCUUUACCACCACCAUUCGAGAAACAGCAGCGGGACAGGAUCCCCGUCGUCAUCACGAGGACCUAGUUUAGUUCAUCGCCAAUCUCUUCGUUACAACCCCACCCCUUCCCCUACCACUAGCUCUUCCGGGCGACGUGGCCGUGCUCGUUCCUUAAACGACUCAGACGACGAAGACAACAUGGGCGCUACAUACGUAGAAAACCUGGCUCACACCAGAAAGGAGGCAACACGCAGACAGCGAAUUGAGGCUGAGCAAAGGCGCAGAGACGAAUUACGCGAUGGCUAUGCCAAAUUGAAGGACGUUUUACCAGUUUCUAACCAGAAGAGUAGCAAGGUGUCGCUACUCGAACGAGCAACGAAUCACAUCAUCUUACUGGACAAGCAGACACAGGAGAUGCAGGCUCGUCUCCUUUUGUUGGAACAGGAGGUACAGCGCCUUCGUGCAGUCAACGAGAAAAUCUCGCUUGGCACUAGCAACUCCCCCUCGCCUGGCAAUAUUCAUGGUGUCGAUGCUCGACCCUUGUCACCUCCUCCUGAACCUGGGAUGCCCGCUCAUUCUCUCGCUCAUGUUCAAGGUCAACUACCUCCGCGAGAGGAUUCGCGCAGUCCUGCUGCCUCAGAUUACUGAGGUGCUGUGGCUCACACCAUUUCCAACGGACGCUGCUUUCAUCCAUUUUCAUUUUCCGCAUCUUAUUUCACUGCACAUCCUGUAUUUCUUAUUCAUGUUUUG